AUGGUUGUUGCUCUAUUUUCGCUUGCGCUUGCGGGCGCGAGCCUUCUGGGUGGGGUAUAUGGAUACCGCAUUCCUGCGCGCAUCUCCCGGCAGGCUGCAGACACGUACACAAACCCGAUCAUUCCGGGCAACUGGGCCGAUCCAUGGGUCUUUCAGUGGAACGACAUGUACUAUCUAGUACCGACGAGUGGUUCGGCGGAUGUCAUUGUCAUCCCUUCAAAGACGUUGGACAGCUUUGACGCGUCAGCUGGUACAGUCGUUUGGAGUACCAACUGGACCGGCAACUUCUGGGCACCUGAACUGCACCAAAUUGAUGGAGAGUUUUACAUCUACGGGGCAUCGCAAGAUGGCGACCUAGACUCGGAUCGCAGGACGCACGUUUUGAAGGGCACUGACCCCAAUGACCCGACUGCUCCAUUCGAAGAUUUAGGCGUGAUCUCGACGCCUGACCUCAACUACAUGAUCGACUCAACUGUGCUUCAGAACUACAAUGGCAAGAACUACAUGAUUUGGAGCGGCAAGGAGUCUACUGAAGCAGAUACUGUUCAGUACCUUUACAUCACGGAGAUGUCGAGUCCAACGACUUUGGUGGGCGAGCGAACAAUGAUACACUCGCCUUACUGGCCGGAUGGAUCGCGAAAGGACUGGCAAUGGUCACCCUCUAGCACCGACUACGGCGUAAAUGAAGGUCCUGAGAUCCUGCAACAUGGUGACAAGACGUUCGUCGUGUACUCUGCCUGUGGCUCUUGGGAUGCUUGCUACUCAUUAGCGAUUAUGGGUCUCAACGGAACGGAUCUCGACCCACUCGACCCGAAUGCUUGGUGGGCAAAAGAUGAUGGCCCAGUCUUCACGCAAGACGACGUGACCGUCGGCACUGGGCACGCUUCCUUCCCUGUUGACGCUGAUGGCGUACCGUAUGUGACGUUCCACGGCUGGAAUGCCACAGCGUCUGCGGGAUGGGGUUCGCGAACUGUCUACACGCAAGCCUUUACCUUCAAUGAUGAUGACACGCCCAACUUCGGCCAGCCCGUCGGCGCCGGUGUAGCAUUGCCGGCCGCUGCUGGCUACGCAUAG